CAACUGUCAGUCUCGCUCCAAGUACUAUUCCUAACGCAACCCAAUGCAUGAUGCAUGUCAGCCAAAUAGCCAAUCAAACCCUCAGUAGCAGGGGAGGACGUGGAGAGAGAUGUUGUGAAUAGAAGUCCUCGAACCCCGUGUUUUCCCGCUCGGGUAGAGCCUCAUCCGGAUCAGGUUACUAUCCAGUAAAAUCGAUCUGGCUGUACGCCGUCAGCUGAUAUUAGCGUCUUGGUAUAAGACUGAAGGAUUCAAGACGAUCAUGAAGUGGCUCAAUACCAUAGCACACAAUAAGACAGUUGAUGGGAGAAACUAAACUUGAAAGUAUAAACCUGACAACGAGUAAAAAUGACAACCCUUGUCGAGACCGAGAAUGCCAAGGACUGCUCAAACACUUGCAAUGUCUCGAGGAAACAUUCUUCCGAUACACACCAUCCGAUACCCCUAGAAACAGUAGGGGUACAUGCCCCUGAUCACCCAGCAAUUGGACGGUAUAUGGGCCAGCACUCCUCUUUCGCGGGCUCUCUCGUAGGCGAACGCCUGUACUUCCACGCCUGCACACAGUCACUUGACACGGCGCUGUUGCGGUCUUUCCAGGCGUCUGGGCCGUCUCUGCGGUUCGCACAUGGUGGUGGUUACCUCUGCAGGAGCCCUGCAGUCUACUGGACCAACUCUUUGGAGUUCGCACUUCUUUGGUGCUUUCUUGGGGGGUCGGAUCGCCAUGACGAAGAAGUAUCCGUGCCUAGAUCCGGACUUAUUUUUGUAUCGAGGCUUGAUAUUUCUUGCUUGGCAACUUCGAGGACUUUGGUUAUACGCCCCCCAGAAGGAGACGUGGAGGAAAUUGAGUUCGUUAAGUGGUGCAAAAACAACAAGGAGCUUGCAUAUGCUAUUCCAAGUGAUGGAGCCUCUACCGUAGGGGCAAAUGAGCACGAUCUGAUUGCUUCACGGAUACCGAUGAAUAAUUUGCAGUGGGUGGAGAGCCAUGGAAUCGGACAAUCCCAAAACAUCUGGAUUUAUGCGGCCUGUGACGAAUACGUUAGUACGAGUCUGGCAAAUCAUGGUAUCGAGAUUUUAUUAUUCUCAGCUUGAAGUAAAAUCCUUGAAGACUGAGAUAGAAAUAGAAGAGGGAAUAAUGAAAGGCUUACACAUAAAUUUCUACUACGCUAUGCUCAUCUAUUGUGUUUUACCACUUCACGCCGGGGUCAUACUUAAACAUUGAGCGCAUUAUAUGGGAAGCCAAUCGGCGGAUACUUGAUCCGAAGCUGCAAUCCUAGACUACAUUCGGCAUGCACUGUCAGCUUCAAAUGUAACUGUCAUAGUCAGGUAGAGUCACGGAGUGGGCUCAACCUAAGUCUGGCAAUCCUGUACAUAUGGGAACUGAAGAGAUAGAGCUUAAUAAACCACUUGCAGAGAU